GUGUGCUUAUUCGCAGGGCGUUGUGGGUAGAAGACGGCUACCGCUAGUCGUGCGCCAUUUUCUAGUGCUCGAGAGGAACGGUGGCGGUUGUUGCUGCGGCUGCUGCGGUGGCAGGCGGGACCAUCCCCCCUUCCCGAUUUACAUCCUGGUGUGUUAGAAGCGUUUUAAUCAAGAAUCAAAAGCAGACCAUGGGUUCUGACAAACGUGUGAGCAGAACUGAACGGAGUGGAAGGUAUGGGUCUAUCAUUGAUAGAGAUGAUCGUGAUGAGAGGGAUUCCAGAAGUCGAAGACGGGAUUCUGACUACAAAAGAUCUAGUGAGGAGCGAAGAAAUGACAGAUAUGAUGACUAUCGGGACUAUGAUAGUCGCGAUUAUGAUGGCAGAGAUUAUGAUGGCAGAGAUUAUGAUAGUCCUGAGAGAGACCGUGAACGUGAGCGGCGUAAUAGUGAUAAAUCAGAAGAUGGGUAUCAUUCUGAUGGAGAUUAUGGAGAACAUGACUAUAGAAAUGACAUUAAUGAUGAGAAGGAAAGCAAGACUAUCAUGUUGCGUGGGCUUCCUAUUACUGUUACAGACUAUGAUAUUCGAGAAAUCAUUGAAUCCUGCGAAGGCCCUCGGCCUGCAGAUGUGAGACUGAUGAAGAGAAAGACAGGUGUAAGCCGUGGUUUCGCCUUCGUGGAGUUUUAUCACUUUCAAGAUGCUACCAGCUGGAUGGAAGCCAAUCAGAAAAAACUGGUGAUUCAAGGGAAACAAAUUGCAAUGCACUACAGCAAUCCCAGGCCUAAAUUUGAAGACUGGCUUUGCAACAAGUGCUGCCUUUACAACUUCAGGAGGCGACUAAAAUGCUUCCGUUGCGGAGCAGACAAAUUUGAUUCAGAGCAGGAGGUGCCACCUGGGGGACCAGAGGCUGUCCAAUCUGUCGACUACUAUUGUGAUACUCUUAUACUCAGAAACAUAGCUCCUCAUACAGUGGUGGAAUCAAUCAUGACAGCUCUGUCACCAUAUGCUUCGCUGGCUGUAAAUAACAUCCGACUUAUUAAAGAUAAACAGACCCAGCAGAAUAGAGGCUUUGCUUUUGUACAGUUGUCUUCAGCAAUGGAUGCUUCUCAGUUGUUGCAGAUUUUGCAGAGUCUUCAGCCUCCUCUGAAAAUAGAUGGCAAAACAAUUGGUGUGGAUUUUGCAAAGAGUGCCAGAAAGGAUUUGCUGCUCCCAGAUGGCAAUCGUGUCAGUGCUUUCUCUGUUGCUAGUACCGCUAUUGCUGCAGCCCAGUGGUCAUCCACCCAGCCUCAGAGUGGAGAAGGUGGCACAGUUGACUUCAACUAUCUCCAACUAGGGCAGGAUGGUUAUACCCAAUACUCUCAGUGUUCACAGGAUUAUCAGCAGUUUUACCAGAACCAAGCAGGAGCAUUGGACACAGAUACAGCUACAGUAACAGGUGCUCCAGUGACAACUGGUACUACAGCAGCUGUUGUUUCUCAGAGUCCUCAGUUAUACAGUCAACAGAGCAAUUCACCUGAUUCUCCGACACAGGCAGCACAACCAGGCACUAGCACACAAGUUACAGCAACUUCUCCAACUGGUGUAGUCCCUGGUGCCAAGUAUGCUGUUCCAGAUACAUCUACAUAUCAGUAUGAUGAAUCAUCUGGUUUCUACUAUGAUCCUGUAACAGGGCUGUAUUACGAUCCAAAUUCUCAGUACUACUAUAAUGCAAUAACACAGCAAUAUCUUUACUGGGAUGGUGAGAAAGAGACUUAUAUGCCAGCAGCAGAGGGCACAACAUAUCAGCAGUCUAAUCCACCUCCCUCGAAAGAAGGGAAAGAAAAGAAAGAGAAGCCCAAGAGUAAAACUGCUCAACAGAUUGCAAAAGACAUGGAACGUUGGGCUAAGAGCCUGAACAAACAGAAGGAGAAUUUCAAGAAUAGCUUUCAGCCACUGAAUGCAAGAGAAGAAGAAAGAAGAGAAUCUGCUGCAGCAGAUGCUGGUUUUGCUCUGUUUGAGAAAAAGGGCACAUUGUCCGAGAGACAGCAGAUAAUGACAGAAGUGAUAAAAAAUGGUGAAGAUGACAACCCACUGAAACGUGGAUUAGUGGCUGCUUACAGUGGGGACAGUGAUAAUGAGGAGGAUUUCUUGGAAAGAUUGGAGAAUGAGGAAGAAAAAUUAACAGACUGGAAAAAAAUGGCCUGCUUGUUAUGUAGAAGGCAGUUUCCAAACAAAGAAGCUCUGGUCAGGCACCAGCAACUCUCAGACCUGCAUAAGCAAAACAUGGACAUCUACAGGAGAUCUAGACUGUCGGAACAAGAACUUGAAGCCUUGGAAAUGCGUGAGAGAGAGAUGAAAUACAGAGACAGAGCAGCUGAAAGACGAGAGAAAUAUGGCAUCCCAGAGCCUCCAGAACCAAAGCGGAAGAAAGUGUUUGAUGCAGGCACAGUGAAUUAUGAGCAACCUACUAAAGAUGGCAUUGACCAUAGCAAUAUUGGUAACAAAAUGCUUCAGGCUAUGGGAUGGAGGGAAGGUUCAGGAUUAGGAAGGAAAUGUCAAGGCAUCACAGCCCCCAUUGAAGCUCAAGUGAGAAUGAGGGGAGCAGGACUGGGAGCAAAGGGUAGUUCUUAUGGUGUCUCCACAGCAGAUUCAUAUAAAGAUGCAGUACGAAAAGCUAUGUUUGCUCGAUUCACAGAAAUGGAAUAAGUUCAUUCUGUCUUGGAAGUAUAAAAGGCAUGAAACAUUCACCCUUCCCUUGACUGACUGUUAAAAACCAUAUGGCCUUGGAGAGACAGCAGUAUUUAGUUAUGGCUUGGGGUUAACCAUGUCUAUUCCAGGUGUAAUGGUCCCAUUAGUGGAUCAUAGAAUGCAAAACACCACAGUUUCAUGUUGGAAGACCCAUAACUAAAUUAAAAGGGGGUGCUUUAUCUUUAUUCAUUUUUGUAUAUAUUGUAAAUUAAUGUCUUGUGUUCAUAGGUUUGUGUAGUUUAAAAUCCACUCUUGUUCUGUGGAGCAGUUGAGAAAGUGUUAUGAUUUGACACUGCUGUAUCUGCCUACUUUGUAUUGUUUCUCAUUUUUGGCAAACCUUUCCUGUACAUUUUGUAAGAUAUGUAUUUGUAUAGAUUUUUGAAAAUUUUGAUUCUAGAUGCCAGCUCCGGCUUCUUUCAAAAAGAAAUAAAGCCAAAACCAACUGUU